AUGGGUGGUGUAAAAAGCACAAGAAAUGGUGCCGCCACUGCCGCAGUUGUCAUUGUCAUCGAUUUUGGUCCCUCCCCGGGCGAUGCACAGAAACAGGAGCUCGAAUUUGCGCCGCUUCUUGGCGAUGAUCACGACGACGCCUCGUUCUGGACCGGACCAAACCGAACUCAGUUCCGUCUGUCUUCUGUCUGUCACACUUCGCGAAACCGGCGGCCGUUUUGGCCAAAGUACCGUCACCCGCCGCCCAAAGAAAGACCGCCACCACCACUGUACACACGAACCGAGCCGUUCGACGUCGCUCGCCUUUCAAUCUUGUCCGGCGUGAGUACUGUGGGAAAACCGACGACCGUGCGCUCAAUGCCACCAGUACAGUACGGGUUUGUCAAACCGGUAUUCCAGCUUUUUCAGUCCGGCAUGUGA